AUGAUGUACCACGUUGGCCAACAAUACAACACUUACGGGAAUCCGCUGAAGAACCUGGUUAAGCGCACGUCGAUACUCAGACCAUUUGAUCAUCACACCAAUAUAAUCAGCAUAGACUGUCUGGACAGUGAAGACUGCACCAUCAAUCCAUUGAAUUCGCUCUCACACACAAGCAUAUACAACGGCACAUCACAGUCACAGGCGGAACUGUGGAGACCGUCCGUGAAUGCUCGUGGCCCAGAGGUAGAUCCCAAGGUACUAAUCGACACACUAAAGUUCUAUCCUGGCUACAGAGGAUAUUCUCUAGCGGGUAAUGUGAAGAGCAAGAAAGCAGUUGAAGGCUACUCUGUCAAGAUCCAGCGCCGUACGGCCAUCCUCGUGAGUGCCGAUGAGUAUGGAUUGAUCAUUCUGUCAAAUGACGAUGCGAGUUUGCAGUACAGGAUAAAUUGGUCUCUGAUAGCUGACGUUGAUCAUGUACACACAGAUGAUAUAUCCACGCCGCUUCGCAAGCGGAAGCGCACUAAUUAUCUUGCACUACGAUUGAAGGAUGGCUCGGUGUACGUGAUCAAUUCACUACAAACGCCUGAACUGUUCAGGGUCAAAGCAAGUAAAUAA